UCUAUUUUUUUCUAAAAAUGUGAAGGUUUUGCUAUUUGACUUUUAUGUCUUUAAACAAUUAGAAUUUGUUUUAUUGUUUCCAUUUACCUCAAAACAUUGCAGUGUCAUUUAUCAAAUACUGUCUAUAUACACUUAUACACUGACUUGUGUACAUUUAUAUAUAUUUCUAUAAGUAACUAUAGAUUUUGGGACUUGAGUUCAUGUUAAUACCUUAGAUUCCAAUCCAACACCACAGGAUCAUUUUGGCCUUUCUCUUUUUCAUGUUUGUAACUGCUUUUCUGACACGAGGAAUCUGGCUCAUGGUUACAUAGUUGCAAGGAGAGACCUUGACCCCAUAAGGUUACAGCUGGCAGCUAUUAGCAGAUAUUGUUUUGAGAAUGGCUGGUAGUAUCCUUGAGUUUGAUACAGUUCAGAAAAUUCAAGUUCUCAGUAGUGCAGGAAUGUGUCUGAAACCAUAUCCACAAUGCAUCCCCCCGCCCCCACCCAGUUCCAACUGUGCCUAAACCACAGUUUCAUAUCUUGUCAGAACAAAUAACAUUGGCUUCAUAGGAGGUGGGGGGCAUUUAUCUCUAUCUUCAAAGCAGAUAUUGUGAACAAUAAGGUGAAUGCAUUUUUUUUUAAUGGCUAAAGCAGAUGUACAUCUUGUAAGUCAGACUAACUUCCCCAUACCUCAAUAGGUGAAAUUUUCUUCCAUCACUAUCUACUGUUACUAUCCCCAUUUAUAGAUUGGGAAAGUCAGGCACAGAAAGUUGAAAUAUACCAAGGCCACCCAGUUCGUACGUGGUAAAGCCAGGAUUACUCAGGUAACUUGGCUUGAAAAUCUGCAGAUCUAACUAUUAUGGUAGAUGGUAAAUGAGGGCUAGGAAGAAACAAGAGCAAAGAAAGGGAUGACAGGACUAGAGAGUUUCUGGAAGUGGGAAGCCUGAAAGCCUGGUUGCCUGAGAAGAAGCCAUGGAAAAUAGAAAGGGAAACUGUUAUGUGCAGGGGUGAGGAGGGGAGUGGAAACUAUAGUUACUUUUGCAGGAGCAAUCUCAAUGGCUUUGCUGGCAGUUUGCCACCUACAGUGUGUUAUGGAUGAAUGGAAAUCGAGGACUAGAAUCAGAGAUAGGAGGGCUUCCUUUUCAAGUUUAAUAGUUUAGCCUUGAAGGGGAGAAAAAAGAAUGGUCACUGGAGUGGGGCAACAGCCAGGGGCAGCCACUGCUUCUUCGAGCAAGUGCUUGGUGAUGUGUUCUGCUUUGAUGUUUCUGAGGGAAAGGGAGUGUCCUCCUGCCUGGAGCUCUGAGAAAACCCUGCUUUUUACUGAACUUUAGUGACAGUUUUAUGCCAGCUCUUUAGUCAAGCUUACAUCAGAGCAUGGUAUAGGCCACAACAGCAUCCUUACAAGAUCGAAAGAUCUAGUUUUAUUUCUUAUGAUUCAGAGCCUGUCAUCCUUUCUUUCUCCUUCACCUAACUGCUUCUUUUGGAGGUAAGGGCAUGGUUGCUAACGGGUUAACUCGGGGACAACCACCGAGAGGCUCUUCCUAGAGGGCCCAGGAAGUGGUAUUGAUUCCCUCUUGGGCUUCCUGUGCCCCACAGUCUCAAUUUUUCUCCAGCAUCUGGAGGCUGUUCAUUGCACCGAGACAUCUUUGAGGAUACUUAUUGUGGGAUUCAGGGUGGGGUGCAGAGGAGGACGCUGCAGAGCCGCGGACUGCAGGGGGCAACCUGCAAAGCUGCUCCCCAGGGGUGUCCUCGCCCCUGGACUCGCAGAAGGGGACCGCUGCAGUUUUACGGUCCUAUAGUGAUUUCCCACCUUUCAAGAAUUUUCCGAAGACAUAUAGCUCCCAGGUAGAGUGAGGCUCAAGUACUGCCUUGGUCCACGAUGGCUAGGGAAUCAAAGGAAGGCACAGCUUUGGACGCCCAGUCUUCAGAGGACCGGACAGGGAUCCUGACCGUGAAGGUGGAGAAAGAGGACGCCUCGGUCUUGGCUGCAGAGGCGCACGCCCCAGGCAGCCCGGGUCCGAGCCCCGAGCACUCCCGGCAGCGCUUCCGAGGCUUCCGCUACCCGGAGGCUGAGGGGCCCCGCGAGGCGCUGAGCCGACUUCGGGAGCUCUGCCGACUGUGGCUGCGGCCUGAGACGCACAGCAAGGAGCAGAUGCUGGAGCUGUUGGUGCUGGAGCAGUUCCUGACCAUCCUGCCGACGGACCUGCAGAGCUGGGUGCGGGAGCGGCAUCCGGAGAGCGGGGAGGAGGUGGUGGCGCUCUUGGAGUAUCUGGAGAGGCAGCCGGAUGGGCCGAUGCCGCAGGUCCCAGGUGGUGGCCAGGGGCAAGAACUGCUCUGUUGCAAGAUGGCAGUGUUGACACCCAUUCAGAGGCCACGAAAUAUCCAAUUGCAGCCAGUGAAGGCUCUGCUCAAGUGUGAAUCUCUGGGAUCCAGUCCAGACAGAGUUCUCCAGGUUCCAAGGCUUGCCCCUGGGGGGCGCUGCAGAGAAGAUGCCGCCGCGGUAGCCACCAGGUUCACCCCAGGGUCCCAGGGGCCAUUUAAAAUGGAAGAUGUGGCCCUGACUGUCUCCCCUGGAUGGACACAGCUGGAUUCAUCUCAGGUGAACUUGUAUGGAGAUAAAAGGCAGGAGAACUGUGGCAGCCUGACCUCCUUGGGUGGUGUGGUGCAACCAAAGAUCAGAGAGCUGCCUCCAGAUGAGGAUCGUCCAACACAGGAGCCUGGGCAGAUACCACGCCACCUGGGUGAAGCCACUGGCCAGAUUCCUGCAUGUGCAGAAGCUGGUGAACAGGAGGGCCAGUUACAAAGAAAGCAGAAAAGUGCUGCAGGAAACAGGCGGCACUAUUGCCAUGAAUGUGGAAAGACUUUUGCUCAGAGUUCAGGCCUGACUAAGCACAGGAGAAUCCACACUGGGGAGAAACCCUAUGAAUGUGAGGACUGUGGCAAGACCUUCAUUGGAAGCUCUGCUCUCGUCAUUCAUCAGAGAGUUCACACUGGUGAGAAGCCAUAUGAAUGUGAAGAAUGUGGCAAGGUCUUCAGUCACAGUUCAAACCUUAUCAAACACCAGAGAACUCACACUGGGGAGAAGCCCUACGAGUGUGAUGACUGUGGGAAAACAUUUAGCCAGAGCUGCAGCCUCCUAGAGCAUCACAAAAUCCAUACCGGGGAGAAGCCCUACCAGUGCAGCAUGUGUGGUAAAGCCUUUAGGCGGAAUUCACAUCUUCUGAGACAUCAGAGGAUCCAUGGCAAUAAAAACCUACAGAAUCCUGACCCUGGACAGACCUGGGAGAGUCAGGGGAGGAAGGAAAGCCAGUGGGAAAAUGUUGAGACUCCUGUGUCUUAUAAAUGUAAUGAGUGUGAGAGAAGUUUCACUAGGAAUAGAAGCCUUAUUGAGCAUCAAAAAAUCCACACGGGUGAGAAGCCCUUUCAGUGUGAUACAUGUGGAAAAGGCUUCACCCGAACUUCAUACCUUAUUCAACAUCAGAGAAGCCACGUUGGAAAAAAAAUUCUAUCUCCGCGCUGCCACGCCCCCUUUAUCCGCUCUCCAGAAGAGGCCUCCUUGCAGCCUCACCUAAAGAGGGACCUCACAGCCCACACGCGGAUAAGAUCUUCGCCUGGCAACCGCCGGAAGCGGAAGUCGUGCGCCGGAACGUUGCUAGCGCGCCUGCGUGGGCGAGAAUUGCCGUCCAGCUACCCAGAGGACACUCCGGGCUCUGAGAGACAGCGACGCAGCUCGUCCGAGAGCCCGCCAUCCGCGCAGGUCAGACACUCCCCGUGGGGCAGCCGUACUCACUCCCGCGACCGCGAAGGCCUCAGGCCUUCGUGGAGUGGUUCGGGUGCUCCCUUUAGCCGCCCUGGGUCUCGAGAGCGGCCCCCCGGGCUCCGCAACUACGACUUCUCAUCAUCUUCUUUCUCCUGUGGAGGGUACCGUUACUAUCAACACCACUAUGUGGGCGACCGGCAAUGGGCGGAGGACUGUGAGAAAGAGAAGGAGGAGAGCUAUCGCCAGAGGCGGCUGAAAGAGAGAGAAAGGAUUGGGGAGUUGGGAGCUCCUGAGGUAUGGGGGCUGUCUCCAAAGUUUCCUGAGCCAGAUUCUGAUGAACACACCCCGGUAGAGGAUGAAGAGGUAAAGACCAAGAAGAGCAGCAGUUCAGAUUCCAGCUCCGAAGAAAAAAGGAAAAAGAGAGCAAAAAAACUCAAGAAGAAAAAGAAACGCAGAGCUAAAAAGCCCAAGAAAAAGAAGACUAAAAAGACUAAAAAAGAAUCCAGUGACUCAAGCUAUAAGGAUUCAGAAGGGGAGUUGCCAGAAGACAUCUGGAUUGAGCAGUCAAAGAUUGCAGAUAACAUGGACCUGAUAGGUCCCGAGGCACCUAUUAUACACACCUCUCAAGAUGAGAAACCUUUGAACUAUGGCCAUGCUCUGCUUCCAGGUGAAGGUGCAGCUAUGGCUGAGUAUGUAAAAGCCGGAAAGCGUAUCCCACGAAGAGGUGAAAUUGGGUUGACAAGUGAAGAGAUUGCUUCUUUUGAAUGCUCAGGUUAUGUUAUGAGUGGUAGCAGGCAUCGCAGAAUGGAGGCUGUGCGCCUGCGUAAAGAGAAUCAGAUCUAUAGUGCUGAUGAGAAGAGAGCCCUUGCAUCCUUUAACCAAGAAGAGAGACGGAAGAGAGAGAAUAAGAUUCUAGCUAGUUUCCGAGAGAUGAGCGCUCAACCCAACCAGCCUGAAUUUGGCCUCCUCCUGGGAGGCGGGGGCAGGAGGCCGGAGCAGGAGGCCAUCGAGCCGCAGUCCUCCAGCGUUCCUAGAGCGACAGUCAAGUGCGCCGCGGAGCGAGAGCGGCUGCUCAGUAAAGAGCUAGCUAACAAGCUGUUUGAAAGCUUUUGGCUUUUCCCGUGGGUCCUUGGAGGGAGCAGUCUGAAGGUGGGGAUGGCGACAGCCUGGGGCACCGUUCCUUCCCUGGCUCCUGUGAACCCGAAGAAGGAGGGGCUUCGGGUGGUGAAGGCGGAUCACCUCUCUGCUCGGGAACAGCGAGUCAAGCUCCAGGGAAACGGCAGAGGCUUCGGGCAGGAGCCCUUGUGCAGGCAGUUCAGGCAGUUGCGCUACGAAGAGACCACAGGACCCCGAGAGGCGCUGAGCCGGCUCCGGGAGCUCUGCCGACAGUGGCUGCAGCCUGAGACCCACACCAAGGAGCAGAUCCUGGAGCUGCUGGUGCUGGAGCAGUUCCUGACCAUCCUGCCCGAGGAGCUCCAGGCCCGGUUGCGGGAGCAUCACCCGGAGAGCGGGGAAGACGCGGUGGUGUUUCUGGAGGAUUUGCAGCUGGAGCUGGGAGGAACAGGACAACCAGAGGACCCAAACCAGGCGAAGAAACAGGAAGUGCUCAUGGAGGAGACAGCGCCUGGAAAAGCCGAGCCGGAGCGGCAGGUCCAGCCUGAAGGUGACGUCCCACAGCCGGAGAGAGAGAAGGGCCAUCACAGAGCAGAGUUCCCUGUGCUAUACAGUGAGGAGAAAAGGAUUGAGAAUGGGAAGUUGGUUGUAGAGACAGACUCCUGUGAAAGAGUGGAAUCAACUGGGAAACCAUCUGAACCCAUGGAGGUUCAUUACAAGGAUUCUAACUUGGAUAGGCAGCAGGCUGAGCCCAAGGAGAAGACUGACUGUAAAUGCCCAGAAUGCGGGCAGGGGUUCAUCCAGCACUCAGACCUGAUUAAGCAUGAAAGUUCACACAUGAAAGAAAAGCUCUGUGACGCUGAAGUGUGUCAGAGUUCUAGUCUUCCUGGACAUCAGAAAAUCUGCUCUAGAGAAAAAGGUCAUCAGUGUCAUGAAUGUGGGAAAGCCUUUCAGAGAAGUUCACACCUUGUCAGACAUCAGAAAAUCCAUCUUGGUGAGAAGCCUUAUCAGUGCAAGGAGUGUGGAAAAGUCUUUAGCCAGAAUGCAGGCCUUUUGGAACAUCUCAGAAUCCAUACUGGAGAGAAACCUUAUCUAUGUAUCCACUGUGGAAAGAACUUUCGGCGCAGCUCCCACCUUAAUCGACACCAGAGAAUUCACAGUCAGGAGGAGCCCUGUCAGUGCAAAGAGUGUGGGAAAACCUUUAGUCAGGCCCUUCUCCUCACCCACCAUCAGAGAAUCCACAGCCACUCCAAAAGCCACCAGUGUAACGAGUGUGGAAAAGCCUUCAGUUUGACCUCAGACCUUAUUCGACACCACAGGAUUCACACUGGAGAAAAACCUUUCAAGUGUACUAUUUGCCAGAAAGCCUUCCGAUUAAACUCACAUCUCGCUCAGCAUGUGAGAAUCCACAACGAGGAAAAACCCUACAAGUGUAAUGAAUGUGGAGAAGCCUUCAGGCAGAGGUCUGGUCUUUUUCAACAUCAGAGAUAUCACCACAAAGACAGACUGGCUUGAUGAAGUGUCCUCUCCUCAUGGACCAUCAGAGACAGUACAUUAAUAAGCAGCACUUCAGGAAAAGUCAUUCUAGCCAAUUCUGGCAGAGAACUUGGGGGCCAAGUUGAAGGCUUUCUGCCUGCACGCUUAUUUUCCUUGUAGUCAGCUUUGGGCCUCAAUAUUUUGACCCUAGAUGGUACUGUGGGAUCAAAGGUAAAAGCAUUCUUUGCUGCAGGACUUCUCAGAGCCUUUAACAUGGUAAAUGUGUAGUUAUAUGUCUCCAAGUAGCAGAGAGCCUCAUGAUCAAGGGCUUGUAGUCAUCAGUACGUCAAGUGUGUAUAGAUUUAUAGGUUUAAGCAGAAAAGAGGGUUGAUAUUUUUCCACAUUCUGCAGCAGCAGUUUCCUAUACAAAAAAAAAAAAAAA